CGUAUUACGUAACUUCUGCGUGGUCCAAGUGCAACCGGGGGUCACGGAGAGGUCACGCUCUUGCUCCGGUCUCCUGUCUGCCGUCAUGGAUCGCUGGAAGAGCCGGACGGCUCUGGUAACCGGAGCCUCGGUCGGUAUCGGUGCGGCCAUCGCUAAAGAGCUGGUCCGGUUCGGCAUGACGGUGUUGGGUUGCGCCAGGAACGUAGAGAAGAUCCAGAAACUAGCUGCAGAGUGUCAGAGUGCAGGUUACCCCGGCGUCCUGAUUCCUCUCAAAUGUGACUUGAGCAACGUGGAGGAGAUCCAGUCCAUGUUCUCACACAUCAGAUCUCAGCACAAAGGCGUAGACGUGUGCGUCAGCAACGCAGGUCUGGCUCAUCCUGAGUCGCUGCUCAGUGGAAAAACCAGCGGCUGGAAGAACAUGCUGGAUGUGAACGUUCUGGCUCUGAGCAUCUGCGCACGAGAGGCGUACCAGUCCAUGAAGGAGAGGAGCGUUGAUGAUGGGCACAUCAUCAACCUAAACAGCAUGUGUGGACACCGAAUCCUUCCAAACGCCGACAUCCAUUUCUACACGGCCACCAAGUACGCGGUGACCGCCCUGACCGAAGGCCUGAGGCAGGAGCUGAGGGAGGCCAAGACUCACAUCAGAGCCACAUGCAUUUCUCCAGGUUUAGUGGAGACCGAAUUCGCUCCUCGUCUUUACAGCCAGGACCCAGUCAAAGCUGCAAACAUCUACUCUCAUUAUAAGGCUCUGGAAGCGAUCGACAUUGCCAACGCGGUCGUAUACGUCCUGAGCGCCCCCCCUCAUGUCCAGAUCGGAGACAUUCAGAUGCGAUCUUCAGAGCAAGUGACAUAGCGUCUGAUGGCUGGAUCUACUCCAAAAUCCCUGAUGGGAUGAAUUCAUCACAUCUGCAAUCAGAGUCACAGAUGAAAAACCUGUAAUAAAAAAAAAAUUACAACACAAAUAAAUAAUUUUGCAAUUA